AUGUGGUCUGCGGUGGGUGCGUAUCCGUGCAGCCGGCACCGUGUACGGCACAUGGCCAUUGCGGCUGUGCGUGUGGCGCUGCUCUUUUUGUUGUCGCUGGUUGCGGCGGCGGCGUGGAUGCCCGCGGUGCGUGCGGUGGUGUUGCGACUGCGGGGCGGCACGGUGGACAGAGCCAUCACGGUGGGCCGCGCCGUGGACACGGUGCUGAUGGACGGCGUGUACGUCACGAACGGCGUGGCUGUUGUGUUCGACGUGCCUGCGAUGCUUCCCGGUACACUGCGCAUCGAACUGAGGAACUGCGUGUGCGACGGCGGUGCGCAGAUCUACGUGCGGGGCUACAGCGGCGAGCCGGCGAGUGACCGGAGCCUGGAGGUGAGCGUGAGCGGGCUGUCCGGCGACUACUGCUCGCUUGUGUUUGUACACAACCUGCCGGCACACACGAACGUGACGGUCCGUGACUCGACGAUUGUGACAGCGGGGCCGAUGCGCUACUCCCAGCUGAGCGGACUGACGGACGCUGUGGCGUCGCCGCUUUUGCUGCACGCGAACUCGCUGUUGCAGACGCAGCUGCGUGUGAGCAACACUGUGCUGAGGUCGUUGCAGGCGGGCGGGUCGGCGGUGUACGUUGGCGGCGGCAUGGACCUGCUGUCGAGCGCGGUGGUGCUUGACGGCGUGUUGCUGGAGGCGUCGGGCGGUUCGACCGCUUCCGCGAUGCGUGUGGCGUCCUCGUCGCGUCUCAGUCUGCGGAGCCACUCGGUGUUCUCCGUGACGAACGUCUCGGUUGUGAGCAGCGGCGGCGGCAUUGUGCUUGGCGAGCGCCUCGCGGUGUCUGAUUCGGUGCUGCGCUUCGUGGGCGUCGAGGGGUCUGUCGCGUCGUCGCUGGUGCGCUGCGACGGUGGAACGAUCGGUGACGGCGGGUGGCUGGAGCUGCGCGACGUGUGGGCGGUGGGCGAGACGUCGUCGGUGGCGUCGCUGUCGGGUGUGACGCUGAGCGGCGGCGCCGUGUCGAUUGCGCGCUGCACUGCCACCGGCGCGACGCUUGUCUCCGGGCCGACGAUCACGAGCGGCGCCGUGUCGGUGCAGUGCAACCGUGCCGGCGGCCGGGUGCUGCGGAGCAGCGGCGACUACCGCAUGGCCGGCCUGCCCUCCGUGAGCGUGGUGCCGUGCGACGGCUGUGCGGCUGCGCUGGCGUGCUUCGAUGCGCUGACGGCGUCGUUCUCUGACUGCGUGUGCGGCUGCCGUGCCGGCGGCGUGGGCGAGGCGUGCCUGCCGUUCGACGUGCCGCCUGCGAGGUCCGGCGGCGGUGCGGAGGGCUGCGUGAGUGGCGUGACGCUGACAGAGUCCGUGACGGUUGGCGGCGGGCGGGCGACGGCGUGCUUCGACUCGGUGGUGUUCAGCGGGCCAAUCACUGUGGCGGUGGACCUGCGCUCGAUGGACGCGUUCGCUGACGCGCUGAACGUGACGCUGCGCCACUGCGUGCUUGCGGGCGGCGCGCAGCUGCGGAUUGGUGGCCUCAGCGAGAGCACGUCUCGCCUGAUGCCCCACGCCCUUGUCAACAUGACGAAUGUGACGUCGCUGGAGGGCACGAUCGUGCUGCAUGGCGUGAUGCCGCUGCACUCGAGUGUGCUUCUGGCGAACUCAACGCUGCGCGCGACGGUUGGCGGGUCGCAGUACGUGCAGACGGCCCCUGGCCACGAGAGAUCCCGGUACGGCCCCGCGCUAGUCCUGGACGGUUUCCGUCUGCUGUCGACGCGGUUUGUCAUGACGCGGUCGACGCUGGCGUGUGGCGGGGGCUCGUGCGCUGCGAUCCUCGUGGAGCGCAGCCUCGUCGUGAACCUGUCCAGCGUCUUCUACAUGGACAACUGCGCUGUCCUUUCGCGGACGCAUGUGAUGCGCGGUCUUGCGUCGGAACUGCGUGUUGCCGACGGCUCCGUGUUCUCCAUACAGAACAGCUCGUGGAGUGCGCCGAGCACUGAAUACUUCAAAGGCGCGUAUUUAUUCAAGGAUUUUGUUGUGGAUGGCGGCAGCGUGCUGCAGAUUUUGUCCAGCACUUUCCGUCUCGGCUUCGCCAUGCUCAUGGCAAACUCGCUGACUGUGACUGGCGGCAGCUGGCUGGUGCAUCGCGACAGCGAGUUUCGCACCGCCUACGUCGUGUACGUGGUUGCCUACGACGGCGUGACGUUCCGCGAUCAGAGUGUGUGGUCGAUACUUGACAACAACUUCACUUACGGCUCGUACUUGUCAACAACUGUAAGUAUGACAAGAAACUGGUCACCACCAUCCGACACGCGCCCGACCAUCUACGGCAUGUGCAACGAGGCAAGGGGCUCUCCUGUGACGGAUUACCAAGAAGAGCUCAAUAUUGGGACGCCCGUGACGGUGUUGGACUGUGGCGCGUGCACCGUGGACGCUGUGUGCUUCGCUGCGAGGACGAGCAGCAUCAGCGGCUGUGAGUGUGUGUGCGCUGCUGGCGGCCACGGCGAAACGUGUCUGCCAGCAGCGGUUCCGGACGGCCUUGGACCGCUCCCGCUCCUCGAAGCGGACGACACGGAGGUCCGCUGCGUGCACGGUGGCAGCAUCAGCUCUUUGGACGAUCCUGAUCCCGGUGUGCGUGGUCUGUGCUUUGUCAACGUGACCUUCACCGCUGCGAUUGCGCUGGACCUGUUGCAUUUUGACGCGCCAGAACAAACACUCAACAUCACGCUGCUGCAGUGCGUUCUCGUAGGCCUGUCGGUCAAGGGAAGUGGUGUGCGAGUGCACGUGAACGUGACAUCCUCGAUGCUGGAUUCUGGUGAGUUGGCGUUUGAGGGUGACUUUGGCACGAGCUCCCAGAUACUGGUGGCGGGCAGCUCGCUUGUGACGACUUCGAGCCACGCCAUUUUAUUUUUAAAGGUUUUUCUUGGUGUGAACUCGACGCUGCUGCUGCUUGACAACCGCAUCGAGGGGAAUCGGUACGCAAUUCAUUUCAGCAUUGCUGCUGUUGUUGAUGGCGGCGGAAUCAUUGUGAAGGGAAAUACGCUGAGUACGAUAGAGAAUGACGGUGAGGAAUCAUCCGUUUGCGUUACUUCUGUUGAUGUGAGGAACGGCGGCCACAUUGACGUGGAAAACAACACGAUGAGCUCGGUCAAUGGCGUUAUUCUUUUUGGGGAUACCGCCGUGAGCUCCGCGGGGCUGCUGCGAGUGGCGGACUGCACCUUCGUUGGCAGGAAGGAGAGUUUUGAUUCCACGCUAGUGUAUUUGGACGGCUCGGUGACACUUCGGGGUGGAGCGCAGUGGCGUGUGGAGGGCAACAACGUAAGUGCCGCCUCAAUAAUAGGUAUGUUGCGUCCCCAGCACAAAAUUCAGCUGUUAGGCAACGGCACCACUGUGGUGCUUGCAAACAACCGUCAGGUGGAGGGAAGUGCAGUCUUUGCCAAACUUCUUCCACCGAACACGAUUGUGGCGUCGCCCGCGCGGUUUGUGGUUGGGUGCAACCUGCAGGGCGGUGAGGAGGUGUCGUACGACGGCGUAUUUCCGGGGGCAGUGUUGUUGUUCGGGUGCGGCACAUGCAACGACGACGCGGCGUGCUACAUGCCCGGGACGGAGUCGGUGGACCGCGGCUCGUGCUCGUGUAGCUGCAAGGACGGAUGGCAUGGCGCGUCGUGUCUUCCCUUUGAGGUGCCCGACACUUUUUUGCCGCCCUUGCCGGAGAGAGCCGUCGACGGCGACACGAGCUGCGUGGUGAACCAGACGCUGACGAACGUUACGCUGAACAUGUGGAAGACGCACCACUGCUACGUGGGUGUGACAUUCAGCGGUGUGGGUGCUGCGUUUACGUUUUCAUUCGACAGUAUGCCGCUGCAUCUCCCCAUCAACAUCACGCUCACCGGGUGCACAUUCCGUGACGGUGCCGCGCUGCAGUUUGUUGGAGAUGUUGAGGCGGCCGAGUCAGCUGGCGUCCUGAUCCGCGUGAGCCAGGCGGUGAUGCGAUCCUCUGUUGUUGUGUUUGCACUUGCCUUCCCGCAGCACUGCGACAUUGCCGUCACGGAGGUUGAUGCGGUGCAGUCUUCUGAGGUCCAUCUGCCGGAUGCAGUGAACAACAAGCUGAGCGUAUUUUUACUGAAGAACGUCUUGUUGAGUGCGUCGACGCUGCUGGUCAGCAACGUAAAUGCGCAUGCAACGAAGCGUGAUGCGUUUGGUUUUUACUCGACCGGGACGCUGACGCUGGUGGGUGGCAGCUCGCUGUACGCGCGGUACUGCAGCUUCGAGGAAUACACACACUUUUUUUACUUGGAUAUCCUCAGUGUCAGUCACCGCUCUGUUUUUGCGCUGCUCAACAAUACAAUGGCCUCCGGAACGAGCCUAUUGUAUCAGCACUCCCGAUUCAGCGUGUCGGAUCACAGCGUGUUGCGCGUAGUGGGGAACAGCGGUUCCGUGUCCUACGCCAUCUAUUCACUAAACUCGUGGACCGUCCAGCGAUCAAGCUGGUUGGAUUGGCGUGACAACGACGUGGGUGUGGGUGCGAUGUUCUACGACACUGAGUCCGCUUUUGUGAGCAUUGACGGCGGCAGUGUGGUGACGCUGACGGGCUGCAAGAUGGGCUCGACGGGGUUGUCGGGACCUCUUCUAUCGCAGGCUGUCGCCGGCUACCGGUUCGUUGCUGGGUGUCUUAUUGUCGCGGGACGUGUGGUGACGACGGCGGCAGAACUGGCGCUCCACGGCAUCACCAACGUGACGACGGUUGCUGCGUGCGGUGAGUGCAUGAAGGAAGGCGACUGCUUUGCACCGCUGACGACGGCGGUCAUUGACUGCAAGUGCCAGUGCGCUGCUGGAGGGCGCGGCGAUGUGUGCGUCCCGGCGCCUGUGCCUGCUGGCCCGCCACCGCCACCACUGCCAUCGCCGCUACUACCCACGCCGCCACCGCCGGUUGGUGAGUGCAUCAGCGACAUGGUGUACCCCGAGGUGGCGCAGGCAGUGGGCAGCGGGCUGUCGUGGCUGUGCUACCGCAACGUGACGUUCAGCGGGGGCGGCAUGAGACUGACGGUGCUGCUUGGGGGGAUGACGGGCGACGUGGCGAAUGUCAGGUUUGAUGGAUGCACGUGGAGGGACGGCGCCGUGCUGUUGCUGUUGGGCAACGCGUACGCCGCUGUUGGGGCGCUGAACAUCGUCGUCACCGGCAACACAUUUAGUGACGCGCUGCUCAGCCCGGAGGGUGGGUUUCCACCGCGCACGAACAUCACGAUCAGCGGGAACCGCUUUACGGUCACGAGGCUGGUCCCUCGGUCGGGUUUGUUCCUUAGGGGCCCGUCGUGUGUUGCGAUGAAUGAGCUGGCGAUCAGCAAAGACUCCGCGGUGGUGCUGAGCGGCAAUGUGUUUCAGAGCGUGAGGGCAUCGUCAAGCGCCAUUUACGUUGUCAGAUCUGCGCUGAGGGUGUCGUGGCACUCCGUGUUUGCAGUGAUGGGCAACACGUUUCACAUGGCUGGCGGUGAUGGUACGCUGAUAUAUCUUAAAGGACCUAGCCAGUCCUUGUCGCUGAGUGUGCUGAACAACUCUGCCGUGGUGAUCCGAGGCAAUCUUGUUUCGAUGCCGGUGAAGUACUUCAUUUUAUUUUUUGGGGCCUCACGGGUGGAGUCUCUUUCAGCGGUUGUAUUUCAGGGCAACGACAUGCAGGGAAGCUCGGCUGUGUUUUAUCCAAGCUACUCCCCCAAAAUCUACUACAACUCCUGGCUGCAGUUGAGCGGCAACCUCUGCCGUGAAUCCCCAUCGGAUGCCUUUGCUGUUUUUAGCCCCACGGUGAAUGUCCGCGACUCCACGGUGUCUGUGUCCGGCAACCAAUUCAUGUCCAGCACGGUCACGCCGACGGUGCUGAGGAUAUUCACCGGGCCCCGCGAUAUCACAAACAGAGCGAUUGUGGCCGCGUGCAACACUGUGAACGGCGGUGAGAGAGUGAAAUACAGCAUCCCGUCCGUGUACAAUGCCACUAUCCUGAGCUGCAGCGACCCAUGCGCCCUUGCGGCGUCGUGCUUCCCUGCGUACACGACGACGGCCUCGAGUGAUGGCUGCGCCUGCACGUGCGCGGAGGGCGGCCAUGGCGAUGCGUGCCUGCCCGUCGCUGUCCCCGAGCCACCGAGCACCGACGGCGCCGACUUGUGCGUGCGUGACGUGCGUGUGGAUGUGGAGGUGAACGUCAGUUUCGGGACGUCGUUGGUGUGCUACAUUGGUGUGACCUUUGCGGCAGACGUCGUGGUGGACGUGGAGUCGAUGUCAGGGAGCGUGCGCAAAGUGACGCUGGCGGACUGCACGUUUGUGCGCGGAGCGAGCCUGUACGUUGUUGGGUGGCGGUCCGACCCGCCUGCUGGACAGCGCGCCGAUGUGUUGAUCAGCGGGCUUGAGUCGCGCUCCGGCGGCGGCGUGCUGGUGGCGAACCGAUUUUCGCCGGGCUCGCGCGUCGCUGUGGUGGACUCGGUGCUGAUCGCAGAGAAGCGUGUUGCGUAUCGUGGCGCCUACGGCCUUGGCGACGCGUCCGCGUGCCUCGUGCUGCACAGCGUGGGUAUGACUGGGAGCGUGCUGACCAUCGCGCGCACGCAGGUGGCGGCUGUGUUCCGUGACGCUGUUGGCGUGUUGGUGGUUGGCGGCGUGGCGCUGUCGUCGCGCGGUGCGCUGUACGUGGACGGGCUGUUGGUGCAGACGGCGCUGGGGCUGUGCGUGUCGGUGGAGGGCGGUGUUGCGGCCAGCGGCGGCUCCGUGGUGGCGUUUGUUGACAGCGGCUUUCUGCUGUGCAAGCACGCGUUGUCUGUGCGUGGGGCUGUGAGCGUGUCGGGCUCCGCUGUGGCGCUUGUGCGGAGCGAAUUCUUGUUGACGGAGGACUACGCGGUGGCGUUUUAUUCGACGGUGAGCCUGGCCGACGGGUCGAUGCUGCUGGCGAAGGGCAACGUGCACGACGGCGUCUCGAGGGAGAUGCUCCACGCCGCUGGCGCCGUGACCGCUGCUGGGAGCACGCUGAGCUUUGUGUGCAACCGAGCGCUGCUGCCGCGGAUGCUGUCGGUGAGCCUGUCGCUCUCGGCUGGGGCGCAUGUGAGGGUGGCGUGCAACGACGCUGGUGGCCGUGUCCUGUCGACGGCGGAGGAGUACGCAGCGGCUGGUUUUGGCGACGCUGGGAGCAUCGACGUUGCUGGGUGCGACGCCUGCGAAAGGGACACACACUGCUACGCGCCCGGGACGGCGUCUGCGAGCAUGAGGAACGGUGUGUGCGUGUGCGCGUGCGGCAGCGGCGGGUACGGCGAGGCAUGCGUGCCUGUGGGAGCUCCCGCACUGCCGCCCGCUGUGGGCACUGCGUCUAGUGUGUUCUUCCGCGAGGGCGUGACGAUGCAGUCGGUGUUCGUUGUGCCUGGCGGUGCGAGCGAGGUGACGCUGCGCCACGUUGUGCUGGACGGCGUGAGUCCUGUGCUCUACGUGCCGUGGAUGGCGCGGGACGGCGUGCGGAUCGUUGUGCAGAACGUGUCGCUGCGUAACGGCGCCGUGCUGUACGUGAUGGGCGGUGGAGCGCUGCGCGGUGCGGCGGGGAGCGACGAGAGCGGGCCGGUGGAGCUGUCGGUGUGCGACGUGGAGGCGCUGAACGGUGCGCUUGUGCUGACCGGCACGUUCCCUGCGGGGUCUGUGCUGACGGUGACGGACUCCCUGCUGGUUGCCGCGAGGUCGACGCCGCUUGUGUAUCUUCCCGGCUCGCAGUCCUCGCCGUACGCACCGGUGCUUGUGCUGUCGGGCCUGCGUCUUGUGCAGUCCGUGCUGGUUGUGUCCGGCGUGGCCCUCGUGACCGUGGUGACUGGUGGGCGGACGGUGGUGGUGGACGGCGCCGUGCUGGAGCUUGUCGGUGGCGGUGUCGCGGUGGACGCGGCUAUGUUCGGUGGCGAAUAUGCGUUGUACGCGAGUGCGCGCGUGGUGGCGUCGGGGGGCGCUGUGCUGCGCGUGUCGGGGAGCCAGGUGUACGCCGCGCAUGGGUUGGUGUUUGGCAGCGGUGUGGAGGCCAACGCGUCCGCCGUCGUAUUGAACGACAACGCCGGUGCGCUGACGGAUGGCGCGCUGCUGGUGCUGCGGGGGUCGGCGUCGUUUGUUUCCGGGUCGUGGCUGUCGGUGCGCGGCAACAGCAUCAGCGGCAGGCUCCUGUCGGUGCCGUCGUACCCGCGCAGUGCGGACCUUGUCCAGAGCACACUGACACUCUAUGGGAACGCUGGCAGCGGGCCCGUCGUGAUGGACGGCGCCGUUGUGCUUGUAGGCACCGGCCGAAGGUUCGUCGUGGGGUGCCUGACGCUGAACGGGCAGGCGCUACAGCCGAUGGACUACAGGUCCGCCGGCAUCAUCGGGAAAUUCCGCUCCGUGGCGUGUGGCGUGUGCGAUGCCGACGUGCACUGCUUUGCAGCUGCGACGAGGGCGAUUUCGGUGUCGUGCGGCUGCCGCUGUGCUGAGGGCGGGUACGGGCGCGACUGCCUGCCGGUGUACCUGCCGCACGUGGACGGGUGCAACCGCACGCCCGCUAUGCCGCUGCUGAGCCACACGGCGACGCUGACGGAGACGCGCAGCCCGACACCAACGUGGACGGUGACUCCUAGCGCAACGAACUACAGUCCGACGCAUUACGGGCCGACGGAGACCCCGCAGGUGACGGAGACGGUGGCGCUGUCGCCCACGCGGACCCCGACGGCGUCGGUGAGCAGCACGCUGUGGUGGAGCGAGGUGGCGUGCCCGACGCUCGCAGUGACGACGACGGCGGCUGGUGGGAGCCUGACGCAGAGCGACAUCCGCGGCGGUGGGAGCGCCGUCCCGACGCUGCUGAUGGUGGCGCUGCCGCCGCCGUUUCGUUGGGCACGCGACCCGCAGCUCGGUACGCACCUGAGCUUUGUGCCGGUUUCGACGGCGCAGCCGCGCGGGUUUGGCGGUCCGUGGGGAGCGAUGCUGCGCAAUGCGACGUGGGUGCGCAACGCGACGAAUCCGUCCACCGUCCUGGAGCUGGCUGUGCCCGUGCACCGCGGUUACUUCAUUGCUGCCGACGAGACGAUAGUCAUUCGCUGCGACGCUGCGGCGGUGUUCGGCGGCUGCAAGGGAGUGCUGCUUGGGUCCUUCACGAUCAGGUCUGACACGCUGCCCGCCGCUGCCAGCGCUCUCUCGGCGGUCACCAGCGUUGUUGCGGGUGCGGCGGCUGUUGCCGUGGUGGUGACCGGAGGGCUGGGCUCCGUCCUGGAGAUGCAGGCGCUCGGCGUGUUGGCGAGGAUGUCAUGUGCCUCGGCGCAGGAGCGUGCGAGCACCGUUGCGCUGCCGUACUUCCUGUCGGUGUUCGCUGCCCUUGACCCGCUGUGGAUGGUGGUGGGCAACGCGCUGCUGGCCGCAGUGUUCGGGUGCGUGCACUGCGGUGUGACGGCGGCCUUCCAGCGGUGGCGCGGCGUGGACGCGGCGAGUGCGUGGGCGGCGAUGCGCUUCCCGAGCCUGACGUACGUCGUGGCGCACGCGAUGCACCUCGGCAUCUUCUUCGGCUCCGUGCUUGCACUGGCGAUGCCCGGCGCCCGCGUGCAGCACCGCGUGAUCGGUGUCGUUGGCGUGCUGUACGGUGCGGCGUUCCCUGCUGGCGUGUGCUACUUGAUUGCCCGCCACGUGGGCGCGAGCUUCACGAAGUACUGGCAGUUUUUGAGGAAGCCGUUGCACGAGCGCCUGCUGUACCCUGUCGGGUAUUGGCACCCUGCGGCGCAGCAGCGGAUGUACGGCGGCAUGCUGACGAACAUGAGGGGCAGCCACGUGUACUGGUGCGUGUUCCAGCUGUCGGUGCUGUGUGUGGUGUGCCUGAUUGCUGCUGUGCACCCGCCCGUGGGAGGCUGCCACGUCCAGUACUUCUGCAUGGCGGCCGUGCUGCUUGCGGGCGCGGGCGUGAUUGCCUUCACGAACAUGAUGCGCUCGUCUUUCCUGACGGUGAUGCGCGUGGCGAGCUUUGUGCUGCUUGCGGUGCUGUGCGUGGUCAGCGCGGCCAACCAUCUUGUUCCGAGCGACGGCGGUGCGAGGGCGUACGCGGCUAUCGUGCUGCUGCUGGCGACUGCAGUGCUUGCGGUCACUGUGUACGGUGUCGUUGUGUGGUACGCGGAGGACCGCCACUGGCAGGAGCUGCGCGAGCCGCGGCGUGGAGGGCUGGAGGCGCUGCUGCGCGAUGACGAGGAGAGCGACGAGAACACGCAGAAGCUCCACGACAUGACGUCAUCGUCGUACGCCUCAGGCACCACCGCUGCGUUGUCGUACCGACCACCCGCACCGCCGUUGCAGUCCGUGACCGGUGACACCCGCUCAGACGCUCUGAGCUUGUUCGACGGUGCAUCCAUUGCGAGCUGA